GGCCAAAGAUGUGAACAAUUUGUAUUCUUUGAGGAGAAGAAUGGCUUACACACAAGCUUUCUUGCAGCUCCGUGCCCUAACCACCCCGGUCAGAGCUUGGCCACACCGGGAAGUGAAGAGCACCACACGAAACCACAUUGUUUGCAAGGCGGAGAAGGAGGACGUGGAAGAGGGUGACGCCUCCACCCUCAGCCUUCUCUCUCGCAGAUUGGCCCUCGGCACUGCCCUCAUCGGUGGUGCUGCUGUUGCUGGCACUAAGGCCUCACCUGCAGAUGCUGCUAUUGCAAAACGCUCUCUGGAGAAACCUACAGUUAGCGUAUUACCAGCAGUAAGUACUGAGGAAUAUCCUGCAUCGGUUGUGGAAGCUCUUUCUCUCAAUCGAAGCAGUUUUCCCGAGGGCUUUGUUUUCGGGACAGCGUCCGCGGCUUACCAGUACGAAGGAGCGGCAUCUGAAGGUGGAAGAAAAGCAAGUGUAUGGGAUGCAUUCACCCAUAGAUAUCCAGAGCGGAUAGAUGACAGAAGCAAUGGAGAUGUAGCAGUUGACGAAUAUCAUCGUUACUUGGAAGAUGUUCAGAUAAUGAAGGAUAUGAAUCUGGAUGCAUACAGAUUCUCCGUCUCGUGGUCUAGAAUAAUACCAAAUGGAAAAGUGGGCGAAAACGAGGAGGGUGUAAACCAAGAAGGAAUCGAUUAUUACAAUGACCUCAUCGAUAAUCUAAUAGCCAACGGUCUAGAACCCUAUAUCACACUGUUUCACUGGGAUACUCCCCAAGCCUUACAAGAAGAGUAUGGAGGUUUCUUAUCUCAUCAGAUUGUAGAUGAUUUUAAAGACUUCGCAAAAGUUUGUUUCAAAUACUUCGGAGACAGGGUGAAACAUUGGAUCACUCUGAAUGAACCAUGGUCUUAUAGUAAUGGUGGUUAUGCAAUUGGGGCCUUUGCACCAGGUCGAUGUUCUGAAUGGCAAGAUCCAACUUGUCUCGGUGGUGAUUCAGGAACAGAACCAUAUAUAGUUACACAUAAUCUCCUACUUUCUCAUGCAGCUGCUGUAGAUGUGUACAGGAAUGAGUUCAAGGAAAGUCAAAAUGGAAUGAUGGGCAUAACAAUUAUUGCUAAUUGGUACGAGCCAUAUACUGAUGCCGCAGAAGAUGUAGCCGCUGCGAAACGAGCACUUGACUUCAUGUUUGGAUGGUACAUGGAACCAUUGACAUCAGGAAAAUACCCAGACACUAUGCGUAAAUUAGUUGGUAAACGAUUACCAGAGUUCAGUGCAGAAGAAUCAACACUUCUUGCUGGUUCAUUUGAUUUUCUUGGAUUAAACUAUUACACCACUAACUAUGCUGCGAAUCGACCCAAAGUUGAACCUAGUACUACAUCCAAAGACGAACCUAGUUAUACUACUGAUGCAAAUGUCACUUAUCUAACUGAACGCAAUGGUAUUCCGGUCGGUACUCCGACCGCUUCUGAUUGGUUAUAUGUAUGUCCCAAAGGAUUUAAAGACUUGUUGCUUUAUACCAAAGCAACGUACAAUAAUCCUUUGAUUUAUAUAACUGAAAAUGGUAGAGGUAACGAUGUGAAUGAUGAAGCACAGACACUUGAGGAAGCUCUUCUUGACAUUUAUCGAAUCGAUUAUUAUUAUCGCCAUCUUUAUUAUCUGCUUUCAGCAAUCGGGGAGGGCGUGAAUGUACAAGGAUAUUUUGCAUGGUCGCUGUUAGAUAAUUUUGAGUGGAAGAAUGGUUAUUCAGUGGGAUUUGGACUGAACUAUGUUGACAGAAACGAUGGUUUGAAGAGAUACGCCAAACUCUCUGCACAAUGGUUUACGAAUUUUCUUAAAAAACCAUCACUUCCCAAAUGAUGAGAGCAUCUAAAGCAAACUUCUGUUCAAGACUUUGGAAAGACUCUCUAGUGUGAUGUUGCCAGUUUAAUGCAUUUCAAUAAAGUGUGUGCUUGUUAAACUUUUUAUCAAUGCAGCUUUUAAUAAAUUUAGUUAUAAAUUA